CCUGCAUACAGUGAUGGAGGGUGGAGGAGGAGGAGACAACCCCAGUGGGGAGAAGGGCACUGACUAUACUGUGACCUCUGGUGUGGCCACCACUGAGACCAUGACUGCUCUGCCGACAAUUGGCAAGGGCAAGAAGAAGAAGGGCAAGAAGAAGGCGACGCCGACGAUGGCUGCUCUGGAGGCCAUGCUGCUGUCGAGUGACAAGGCCUCGUCGCGUCGUGGAGGAAACCGCGGAAAGGGUCGUCGCGGGCGUGGUCGUGGACGCGGACGUGGACGUGGUCGUGGCCGUGGUCGCGGGCGCGGACGUGGACCGGCGCUCAUCCGCGAGGAUGACGUGCUCGCCGGCCCGUUCUCCAACCCAGCGUUCAACAAGCCCAAGAAGAACACGCGUCCGAGCACCGGCGGCGGCGGUGGCGGCGGUGGUGGCUCUGGUGGCUCUCGCAGCUCCAGGACGUCGUCCAAGAAGGGCCGAACCGGCGUUCGAAUGGACGUCCGUAUCUCGCAGGCCGCGCGCGAGGCGGUGGGCAGGGUCGCGCCCGCUCGAGCCGGGCGGUCCGGCCUCGAGGCUAACGCUGACGAGCUGGACGACGAUGCCGGCGACGACAUUGCCGACUACAACGUCUCGCGCCCGAUGGUGCUUGGCGACAAGGGUGCGGCCGUCCUCAUCGGUGCCAACCGCCACGAGGCCGAGCUUCCGGCCGACGAGCCACAGAUUAGCAACGGCGGCCAGCCCGGUCCGCUCUUUGCCCGCGACGGCUACAUGGUCAUGCAGAUGCCGCCGACACUCCCGCUAGCACCGGUCGAUGCUGCCGAUGCGGGCGCCUCGGGCAGCAACGCCGACGACGACGGCGAUGGCGAGGCCCGCGACAAGAGCACGCUCCGCCGCCAGCGCAUCCCCAUGCACAACUCGGUCCUGCGCCAGGUCGAGCCCGGCAAGAUCGGCAAGAUUGUCGUCCGCGCUUCGGGCCGGACGCAAAUGAUCAUCGGCGGCGUCACCUUUGAACUUCGCGGGGGAACCCAGACUCGCUUUGCCGAGCAGCUGGCUAUUGUCCGCCCGCCUGCUGUUACGCCCGAAGGGCCUCCGGCCGACGGCGAGUGCGGCCACAUCACGUUUGUGGGUCAGGCCGCUGCCCGCCUUGUUGCCAUGCCUGCUCUCGGCGCCACCCAGCGGUAACUCGUGUCUGCCGCCGCUGUUUACUCUCAUCGAAGGUCCUGGAGAACCGAGCUCUGUCGCGACAGCGGUUCGGCCCGCGACGCGCCCAGGACCGCCAUCAGGUCGGCCUUUGCCGUCUCGAGCUCUGCCGCGCCUACCAUGCUCAUACCGAGCGUCUCGUUGAGCGCGUGUAGCAUCGAGUCGUUACCAAAGCCCGAUGCGUUGGGAUCGGCCUCAACGUUCUCCACCUCCCAGCCCACGCUCGGCUUGGUCGCCAGUGCCGACUUGCGCAGCGCCGGCGCCACUGCGGGC